GCCAAAAAUCCUAGCGACGAGCGCCCGCCAGGGGCGGCCGUCCACCGCCUUGAUUCCUCCUCGCUCCAUUCCUCGCUCGAUUCGCGAUUGAUUGAUUGAUCUCUCUUUCUUGCUCCUCGCCUCGGGCUCGCGCUCUGAUUUCUAGGAUUUCCUCCGCUGCCGCAUUACUGCGGGCCUCGUGAAUAUUACGCGCGAUUGUACACGCCAGGGCGGAAGAACAGGCGCCAGCCAGCGCUCCCCCCCUUCCAAAUUCCGGAAUCCGGAUGCCUGCGCUGGGAUCGAGGCGCGGCGAGCGAGAGAGAGAGAGAGAGAGAGCGCUGCCAGUGGCGGAGGCUGGAACUAGGCCAGGCCAACAGAUUCUCGAGAGCGCCGUUUUGCUGUUCUGGUCGGAGGCGUGAAGAUCUUCGCCCGUGCCGUGCCGUGCCGUGCCGUGCCGUUCCUCUCUUGUGAGUAUAAAUCUUUAAGUCUGUCUGUGAGUGUGUGUGGGAGGAAGAGCGAGAGAGAGGGAAGAGCGUCGUCGUCGUCGUCGUCUUCAAGUGGAAAGAAGGUUUUUCUUUCUUUUGUUUGUCUCAUGGAAAAAAGAGAGAGUGUGGGUGUGCAUUUUCGGGAUCCGGGUAUACUGGCUUUCAUCCAUUCCUUCUUCUUCUUCUUCUUCUCUUUGCUUACUUCCUUCAAAGCUCCUCGUCUCUCCUCGCUGCUGCUGCUGCUAGAGCGAUACCAGCAUUCUAGAUCCAGUCGCGAGCGAAAAACGAUAAAACACAAGAGGAGAUUGAGCUUGUCAAUGGUCGCUGGAUUAAAAUGUGGUGACAGGUUUGAGCUUGGUAACAGGGGAACCUAGACUGUAAUUUGCUGCUUGCUUUGAUUCCCUUCGUCCUUCCACCGCCAUUCCAGUCUUUGCAGUCACUGUUUCCGAAAAGUUUCGAGAAAAGGAAGAACACUGCUUGGACGCAAGCUCGUCUUGACUCGUUGUGGUGGUUUGGAUUUGUGCAUUUGCGCCAAGGAUUUCGAGUUUCUUGUCUGCUUUCGUCUGGAGGAGAUCGAUGUAUGCUUGUGCUCUAGGUUCCCUUGUUUCCAAAUUCAAGUCUGGUACCAGUCAAGAAGUUUUCUGUUUGAUUCUCGAUUCAGAGCUUGGUUCAAGUCUGGUACCAGUCAAGAAGUUUUCUGUUUGAUUCUCGAUUCAGAGCGUGGAGCUUACACAAUUCGCGCAUCGCACGCAGCAUGGUGAGAAAAGGAUCUAUCAAAGUCCUUUACUGUUCAAGAACAGGCAUGCAGCGAGGAGCAAGUGAUCGUCCGGCACGCCUCUUCUUUUUGUAUCCAUGCAGCAAACUCAAGCUCAUGGCUUCCUUUCUUUUCUGCAAUCCUUUAGCUGUCCUUCUCGUGUUGACGUUUACAAUUUUUAUCCAGCCGAUAAGAGUGAUGAAAGGAGAGCGAUUUCAGCUGAAAGCGAUGGGAAAAGCACCCAAGCUGGAUGAUCUCAAAGUCAGGCCUCCGAGUCCUCCAACACCUUGGAAGGAAUCUUUUCCUUUUGCGUGCCUCGGAACCAUAAAGCCCGUGUCAUAUACCAUUCCUGUGCUGCUGCUCCUGCUGCUGCUACUGCUCCUGCUGCUCCUCUGCCGCAUUGAAGGGGCCUCAGUUACUCCAGGCAGGGAAAGGAAUCCUAACGUUUGGAUACGCCGGUGCUCUUUUGUUGGGAUCGAUAAGCAAGCAUCCACCAGGAGCAACGGUUUACUGAUCGUCUUACAGGUAUUUUAGCAGUCCCCCUCUGCAGACAAAGAGAAAGGGAAGGCAACGAGCCAAAGAAGUUCAAAAAUGGGGGAUUGUGAGUACACACACACACACACACACACACACACACUCUUGCUGCACUGCAGCAGGUUUAUGCAACACCAACACCACAGGAGCUACAGUUCUGCACCCUGCUCGUCCUGCUUCUUUGGCAUCUUUCCACUCGCCUUUCUCUUUAUCUGGCCCAUUUGCAAAACCAGGGAGCGUUUCCAAACCGGCCAGUCAGUCUCCCCAUCUCGCUCGCUCUUUUCACUCCCUCUCAAAGCAACAAACAACUUGUACAAGAGAAGCUCGUAAACAUUUACGAUCCCUCGGUCGCUCGCGCUCGCUUCGUUCGCACACUCGCUCGUAAAGUCGCCAUCAAAGUUGCAUAGCUUUCGUCCUGUGCACUUUCGUCCUGCUUGCUGCUACAUUUGUCUCUCCCUUUUUUUCUUUUUUUUUUCUUCUGCCAGGCUUGGUAUUUUAAACCCGCCGCCGAACGGCUUCUAAAUCUGAAGCCUGCCUUCUAAAUUUGAAUUAUCCGCAUCAGGCAUAUAUGUGUGAGAGUCUGUGUGCAGCUGGUACUCGCUCGGGUACCGCAGAAAAGCCUCGUUCAUAAUGUAACCUGCAAUGAUUUGGCAUCAGUCAGUUUCCUCACUUAUAAUACUUGUCUAACCUGCAUUUACUCCCCAGCUCUAUGGCUAUAGCCCUCCUAUAGACCACCAUGUCAAAGUUCUCGUCUUUUAACUAUACUGUUCGCCUUCACUUUGAUGGGUGCAUUUCUCUUCUUUCCAGCUCGUAGCCCAAUGAGAUUCUUGAACGAAUUUUGGGAGGGAUCACACAUAUCCCAGCUCCAGAGACAACAUCAUUUUCUAUCCAGCCAAAAUCCCAUGGCAUCAUUGGAAUAAAUAGUGAUCUUGUAGACAAGUCAUAAGAGGAUUGGAAUCAGGCUUUUACAUUUCUAAGCAA